AUGCAAGAUAAUGCUGAUUUUGUCACAAUAAGUACAUGUUACCUGAACAAAACAGCUCAAAAGUUCAGAUACAAUCGAAAAUCGACAUUUAACGAAGUUUAUCAGCAAAUUAUUCAAUAUUUAAAGUUGCCAUCUGAUGAAAAAUACAAAAUUUUCGUAACAGAUAAUGCACAAAUGAAUCAAUUGUUCGAACCAAACAUGAAAUUAGCUGAUUUUCAGAUAAAUUCCGAUACAACGUUUAUCAUAUCUCCAAUUAAUUACCAAUUUCCUCAAAAUCCACAAAAUAUGAACAAAUUACAGACAAACAAUACGUUUCUUUCGAAUAAUCCAUACUCUAUGAACAAUAAUCUAAAUUCAACAAACAAUACAAUCAGCGUUCCAGUUAAUUUCCCUUCAAAUAUUACUCCCAUGGACUUUGAUCCAUACAUGUUCGAUAUUAAUUCAAAAAUUGUCGACUAUAACACAAAUUUUGGAUUUCCAACCGGCCCUGACAAUAACAUUUCACGUUUUGAUAUUAACCAAUCAGGAAAUGACUCUAUUUUGUUUAAUGUUUACGAUGGAUACGAAUCAAAAGAUCCAAUUGUAAUAAAAUUGCUUCCAACGUUUAGUUUCGAUGAAACUCUUACGGUUUUACUAACAACUAUGAGUACAGAUAGAAUCGGCAGAUACAUAUUACUUCUAGAAUACAAUAAUGGUAAAAUUCAAUUUUUUUAA